AUUCGAAUCUCUUAUAAUCUUCUCCUUCGUGGAGCCCCUGAUUACCUUCGCUCCAUGGUCCAACACUAGUCCCUUCAACCUGGUUAUUACACAAGACUCACAAAUUCGGACCCAGAUCCCAAUACUCAUUUCUCUCAAAAUGGACUUCAACGGGUUCAGGGUAUGACCCAGAUAUGAGGAUCUUGCUAAUAACAUGAAGAGGUUCAAGAAGAAUUUGGAAGAUAAUCACGCCAACCUCUCUAGUUUCGAUACCCAUAGUACUGUUUUCAGGGAUCCGGAUAGAAAACUUGGGUUCAUUUCCAUGAGAGCAAUGGGGAUCGUCGUCGUUUGUUUGAUGGUGUUUUCGGUUUUGUUUUCAGUGUCCAUGGUUCUCAAAGACCCGCCUUCUGAUGCUGUUUUGGAAACUUCCAGAACUAGAGUUCUUCGCAUUAACACUAAUGAAGCUAUAGGUUCAGAGGACAAGCCAUCUGGCACUGUUGAGUUUCCAGUGGAUAAACUGCUUCACGGCCUUCUUGCUGCUGACUUUGAUGAAAGCACUUGUCUAAGCAGGUACCAGUCAGCUUCAUAUCGCAAGGAACGGCAGCAAAAACCUCCUUCUUCCCUCAUUUCAAGGUUACGAAGUUAUGAGGCUCUACACAAACGAUGUGGACCUUAUACUGAAUCCUAUAACAAAACAGUGGAGCAACUCAAGUCUGGCCACCACACCAGUACUUCAGAUUGUAACUAUGUUGUAUGGAUUUCUUUCAGCGGACUAGGUAAUAGGAUUCUCACAUUAGCCUCUGCAUUUCUUUAUGCUUUGCUCACAAAUCGAGUUCUACUUGUUGACCCCGGUGUUGACAUGACUGAUCUCUUCUGUGAACCAUUUCCAGAAGUCUCAUGGUUUCUUCCUGCAGAUUUUCCCCUUAAAAGUCAAUUUGCUAGCCUCGACCAAAAAAGUCCUAGUUGUUAUGGGAAAAUGUUAAAACAUAACAGUUUUGCAAAUCAAGAUAAUUUUAAGCUGCCACCUUAUCUCUAUGUGCAUCUAGUCCAUGAUUAUGAUUUUCAUGAUAAGCUUUUCUUCUGUGACCAAGAUCAAGCUCUCCUCCAAAAGAUGCCAUGGUUGAUCAUGAAAACAGAUAACUACUUCAUUCCAUCGCUCUUCUUGAUCCCUUCCUUUGAGCAUGAAUUAAGUAAUCUCUUUCCAAAUAAGGAUUUAGUUUUUCACUUCUUGGGUCGAUAUCUCGUCCACCCCACAAACAAGGUAUGGGGACUUAUUACCAGAUACUACAAAUCUUAUUUAGCUAAUGCAGAUGAAAGGAUAGGAAUUCAGAUCAGAGUCUUUGAUAUUGGGACUGGUCCAUUCCAACAUGUGUUGGAUCAGAUCUUAGCCUGUGCUAUUAAGGAAAGUCUGCUUCCAGAAAUCAAAAAUAAAGAAGUCAUUAUCAGUCCCUCUGGAACUUCAAAGUCGAAAGCUGUGUUAAUGACGUCCUUAUCCUCUGGAUACUUUGAGAAGAUAAGGGACAUGUACUGGGAGCAUCCAACUGUGACAGGGGAUAUGAUAGGAAUUUACCAGCCAAGUCAUGAAGAGUAUCAGCAAACGCAUAAGCAAACGCACAACCAGAAGGCACUUGCAGAAAUGUAUUUGCUGAGCUUGACUGAUGUGUUGAUCACAAGCUCAUGGUCUACCUUUGGCUAUGUGGCUCAGAGUCUUGGAGGGUUGAGGCCAUGGAUACUCUACAAGCCGGAAAACCAGACGGCCCCUGAUCCCCCAUGUCGUCGAGCCAUGUCAAUGGAGCCUUGUUUCCAUGCACCUCCUUUCUAUGACUGUAAGGCAAAGAAAGGAAUUGAUACUGGAGCCUUGGUUCCUCAUGUGAGGCAUUGUGAGGACAUGAGCUGGGGUCUGAAGCUGGUUAAUGGUCAUGAUAAGAUGUAGGUUGAACAUGUUUUUGUUGCUGUAGGUCCUCAUGAAUAUCGUUUCUGCAUUUUGGUGUGUACAAAUAGAGCUAGUAAUAUGAUUGUUUCUAAGUCAGAAGCCAUCGGUAGUUAAAAAGAAAUCUUUUGGACCGCUCUCUUUACUUUAGUUGACAAUGCUACUUUUUAGAAUGAUAUGGCUGCUUGUAGGUAACGACAGAGAGUCAAACAUCUGAACCUUAUUAAUAUUUUUGUUGUGUUGACCCUCAAUUUUCCAAAUUGAAUGAAAACAUACUUGUUUCGCGGAA